CGGCAAGAGGCAAAAGGGCAAGGGCCGGGUGAAAAGGGAGUAACGGACUAAGGACGGCUUGCUCGGGAGACAAACCAGAAGACAGUUUUCACGACCCAGAGAUGGAAGAGAAGAGGGGUGGGUAGAUGAGGAGGAAAACCAGAUGGCUCCUUCGUAUGUGGUCGUUGAGUUCCUUGGUGAACGUUCAGUCGCUGUUGUCCCAACCAUAUGGACAAAAGAUGAUGGAAAGAAUACCUUCUGCUAUUGGCCAAAGCCAAAUCCUACCCACUCCAGAAUCCGGAGAGCUGAGAUUCCUGACAAAGAAGUCUGGGAUAGGCUACCAAUUCGGGUUUUCAGGAAAACAUUGACUGAAGACUUUGACAAGGCCCUUCAAUAUGAAAAACAAGCUGAAAUGUUUUCGAGCCCAGAGGAAGAAGAAAUAUCAACCAAACGGAGUCACAUCACCCCUGAACGUUGUAGAAACGAUGAGGAAGAUGUGUUUGAUGCUGACGACGAAGAGGAAAUUCGGCCAAAAAAGAAGUGCAGAAAAGAGAAAUCACAGAUCCUCAUCCAGGCACCCCCACUGCCAGUGCUCCCACCAUUGAACUUUUCAAUCUCCAGCGAGUACCAGACCACUUCAGCCAGUACCAGCCAAUACUACACCACUCCAAGGCAUCCAGGCCAACCUCACAGCCCAGCGAGAAGCAGCACUUACAGGCUCAGUCCAGACAGGAAUCAUGCAUCUAGCUCAAGCCAGUACCAAACCACUCCAGCCAGUAUGAGUCAGUACCAGACCACUCCAAGAAGCAGCAGGAAUGCCCUUGAAAGUGAACUUUUCCAGUUAAACAUGAAAGUUCAAAAACUAGUUGAGAACCAGGGAGAACUGAUGCGCAUGCUGAGAGGGCUGGCAGCACAGUCUGUGGGGCCAGAAGCUGUGGAUGUUCAAGAUCUCAUUGAGAAGCCUUUCGAGACUCUUGAGCAGCUUAAGACCUUCAGUGAACAGCUCGACACUGAUCUUCUGCUCAGAAAGCAGCUGGUGAAAGCUCUUACUGCUCUUGGUGGGCAGAAUUUGGCAGACACAGUGAGGACAAUGCUGAGGAAAAUUGCCACAAACAAAGUCCUGGAGCAGCUUGGUCUCCGUGGAAAGACAGGCAAAGUGGCAUUUGAGGACUUGCCCUUUUACAGAAUAAUAAUAAAGGCAUGCAGGGGUGUUCACAAACAGACGACCACAGCUGAAGUAGAUUGUGAGCUUGGAGAGGUCCUGAAACUGGCCACUUUUCGAAAGGGAGGUUCAAAGUUUGAGGAGAAGAGGAGGAAUUAAGAGGAAGUGACGGCGAAGAAGGGCAAAGGGAGGUGUACAAAAGAAAUGGACAGUGAGAUGAGUGACCAGGAAGCGACGGCGAAGAAGGGCAAAGGGAGGUGUACAAAGGGAAUGGACAGUGAGAUGAGUGACCAGGAAGUGAAGAAGAAGAAAACAGGGAAAGGGAAAAGAACCAAGCAAACGCCAGUGAGACCAGUGAGCAUUGAGCAGGAAGAGAACCAACAAGAAGGGGCAGGAGUACACUGACGCGCACGACCAAGACCACAGCAUUCCAUUUCUAUUGUAUUAUAAUUAUCACUAAUAAAGAAUUAUUGUUGAA